AUGUCACUUCCCGGCGCCAAGCCGAAGCUGCCGGUUGCAGUUGAGAAGCCCACCCCAUACACCUUUGAUCUCGGCCUCCUCCUCGCCCAGGACCCCAACUCCAUCACACUCGACCACUCCUCUCUCGAGCAGUCCCUCGCCGAGGUCGCCCGCGACGGCGCCCAAGCCCUCAUCAACCAGCUCCUAACCGCCUGCCCGCUGACCACCACCAACGACGGCGUCCUCCUCUCGCUGCCGGCCCCCGCCACGCCCCUCCCGCGCGAGAAGCCCGUCCCCGAGGCUAAGCCGCCCACGAAAUGGGAGCGCUUCGCCGCCAAGAAGGGCAUCAAGCCCAAGACGAGGGAGCAGCGCAAGAACCUCGCUUUUGACGAGGAGAGCGGCGAGUGGAAGAGAAAAUGGGGCUACAAGGGCAUGAACAAAAAGGGUGAAGAUGACUGGCUCGUCGAAAUCGACCCUAAGAAGGAGAUGGAGAGAAAGGAGGGCACAAGCGUGAGGGGAGACGGCAGGCGGGAUAGAAAGGAGAGGAUCAAGCGCAACGAGAGAAAGAUGAGGAAGAAUGACCGGCAUGCGGAGGCCAAGCCUGGCCAACGAAGCUGA